AUGAGCUGGCAGUCUGUGUCAAACUCCAAAUUGCUGCAACCGCCGCUCUCCCCCACCGAUAAACGAGCCCCCGUUGAAAGACUUCCAGUCGAACUAAUCCAGAAAAUAUUUUUCUAUAGCCUCGAAUUCAACUUUCCUCGGGCAUCAUUCCACAUUGCUACGGCUCUAUCCAACGAGAUAAUAUACACUUGGCUAGUCCGUCUAGUAUUCAGCAGCAACAACGCCUCUUCGAACUCCGGUAUAUUCGUUCGCCCUUUCUUGCCGAUGAACCAAUUUUCGUUGGACAUGAAUAAACGGGCCGAGCUGCAGACAGAGCUGCUAAGGUGUCGCUGGUGUACCAUCACUCUUAUGCGAAGAUGCCAAAGAGAAUACGUUGAGCAUGUCCUACGGCAGAAAUGUGGAAAUCUAAUUAUGUCGGAUGGUGAUCGCGCUCGGCUAUAUGCUUUGGAUGACUAUUGGAAACAUGUCGGCCAGUACGAUCAUACGCCACGGGGAAGACGAGGAAAAGGGGAUUUAGUCCUCACUGCCAGGAACCCUCAUUCAGACGUGACGCUUAAGAUUGCCAUCUGGUUUAACUCCGGCUCCGUGCAAAUUAGAGAGCCCAGCCCCGUCGUUGUACAGGACACUGAUGUCUUCCUCCUUCCAUCCUGUAGCAUUACGGAUCCUUGCCGGAUGCCAGAUCGACUACUCCAACCGCCCUGGACCAAGGAAAAUCUGGAGCUACUUCAACUGCUGUCCAACGAGGCGUAUAUCGACGAGGACAAUAACUUUGAGAGGUCAAAAAUGGUGCUUCGACAAUUAAUAAUCGAUCGGGACAUUGAUACGUUUAAAUAUAUACUAUUAUUACAUGUUCGCGUUAAAGUGUAUGCGUACCCUCUGCGUUGGCCAGUGCGACCAAACCAUUUUAGGUUGGCAGCACGGUACGCAGAGUCAGAGAAUGAUGACCCGUUUUUGAAGGUAUUAUUUUCUGAGCGCCGUGAUGACAUUUCAAGCACAGAUAAAUCAAUCCGAGCAUUGUUAUCAAGAUACGAUCGAAGCUUAUGA